AUCAUAUUCGUACAUGGAAGUCAUCAAAACCCCCUCGGAGGGGUCUCGCGAUCUACCCCCUUCCCUUGAGCUUGGUCAGCCUUCGGCGCCUAAUCCUUCAGCGAUGCAAAGAGCCACCGUUUACCUUCACCAAGAAGUCGAUCCAAAGGCUUGUAAUCCAGUCUCCAUUUAUGCUUGCUUUAUCAAUGGCUUCACUGCUGCCCCUACCUUUUCCGCAUGUUUCAUCUGGUGCGGUUUUCAGACAGGUAACGUAGCCCAACUCGGUCUCGCCCUUGCCCGUACUUUCGCUCCCACUCCUGAACGCACCUAUGGCUUUCAGAAACCAGAUCAACAAGCUUUCGUAUCUCUGGCCGCCUUUCUCGCUGGUACAAGUCUCGGGCGCAUAGGUGACCAUAUGGGUGCCCGGCGGCGGAGCUGGCUGUUUCUAUCUGCGGCCAUACAGGUCCUCCUCACCAUCGCUGGAACACUCUGCGCCCACUUCUCCGAGCAGAAUGGCGUUGCUUUGGAUCGAGAUCACCCUUCUUGGACUAAUGCUCUUGGCAUGCUCGCCCUCGCUUUUCUUUCGGCCACCAUCGGUCUGCAGGGCAUAGUAGGAAAACGUGUAGGAUCACCUAUGAAUACGACUGUCGUCUUGACUACGACCUGGGUGGAAUUAUUCAACGACCCUCUUCUUCUCUCUCUUCGCCCAACACCGUCCCGAGAUAUUCGAGCGGCGGGAGUGUUCAUGGUUUUCGUCGGUUCCUUCUGUGCAAGGGCUAUCUUACAGAGCCGUGCGGGAUCUGCGGGGGCUCUGGGGGUGCUGGCGGGUCUGCGAGCAUUACAGGCUGUAUGGUGGAUUUGUAUUCGCCCUAAACCAUUAAGCUAAAAGGCAUGUUAAGAGGUUUAGACACAUAGAUCUUGGGAUUUAGGUAUGCAAUCUUGUCCUUGUG